AUUGCCGUGCGGAAGCAGCACGCGAGCCGCGGGAGGCGCGCUCUGUCUCCCUGGCCGGGAUGGUCUCGGGGAGCCAGGCAGGGGCGGGCGGGAGAGAAGGCGACGGCGGAGAUCCCCGCUGGACGGGACCCGCUGCCUCCGCGGCGAGUGCCGCGUCCCGGCGAGCUGCCCGUGGGGAGGCCGGGAGGGCCGCGCUCGGCAGCGCUCGGUGCCUGCAGUGCCGGGAGGAGGCUGCGGGCGCCGCUGUUGACCGAGGAGGAGCGAGAGGAAGGCCGGAGCGCUGCCGGCAGCCCCGCCCGCGGCGGCCCGGCUCGCUCGCUCUCUCGCUCGCUGGCUGGCUCGGCGGCCGGGCGGUCUGCGAGCGUCCCCGCGGUGCGGAGCCGCGCUGCAGCGAGGCGGAGGGGAUCGGAGCGGCGAGACGUUCCCGUACCCGUGGCGGCGGGCGGCGGCGGGGACCUGCCGGUGGUGCCGCGACCGAGAUGUGCGCGGCGGGGAGGCGCUGGGGCCGGCGGGAGCGAGCCCUGCUCUGGUGCGUCCUGCUGGCGGCGUGGGAGGCGGCGUGGGGGCAGCUGCGCUACUCGGUUCCCGAGGAGAUGCCGAAGGGCUCGUUCGUGGCCGACGUGGCCAAGGACCUGGCGCUGCAGCUGUCCGCGCUCCCCGAACUCGGUGUGAGCCUUGUCUGCGAAGGUAAGGCGCAGUAUUUCGCCCUGCACGGGAAGACGGGACAUUUGGUGACGGCGGAGAGGAUAGACAGAGAGCAGCUCUGCCGGCUGGUGGAGAAAUGCGUGCUGCGCUGUGAGGUGAUAGUGGACGGGGAAAUGAAGGUUUACGGCGUCGAUGUGGAGAUCACAGACAUUAACGACAACGCGCCCCGCUUCCGAGAGGCAGAAAAAGAACUGCGAAUGAGUGAGACGACAGCGCCGGGGUCGCGGUUUCCCCUGGCCGAGGCUCACGACCCGGACGCGGGAGCGAAUUCCCUGCAGAGCUACGAGCUGAGCGGCGACGAGCACUUCUCGCUGGCCGUGCAGGCGGGCCCCGGCGGGGACCAGCGCCCCGAGCUGGUGCUGGCCAAGGCGCUGGACCGGGAGGAGGCGGCGUUCCACGAGCUGGUGCUGAGGGCGAGCGACGGCGGCGAGCCGGCACGGACGGGCACGGCGCGGAUCCGCGUGGCCGUGCUGGACGCGAACGACAACGCGCCCCAGUUCAGCCAGGCCGAGUACACGGUGCGUGUGCCGGAGGACGUGCCCGUGGGCUCCGUCCUCCUCACCGUCACGGCCGCCGACGCCGACGAGGGGCUGAACGGGCACGUGAAAUACAGUCUUAAAAGAAUUUCAGACAGAGCGUCAGAACUUUUUUACCUAGACACUGAGACAGGGGAAAUAUCCGUUAAGGACCAUUUGGACUUCGAGGACGUGUCCUCACAUAAAAUGGAGGUUCAAGCACAUGAUGGUGGGGCCCUUUUCGACACUGCCAAAGUCGCGAUCAGCGUGACAGACGUGAACGACAACGCGCCCGAGAUUUCUGUGCGGUCGGCGCUGAGCGCGAUCUCCGAGGACGCGCCGUCGGGGACGGUGGUGGCCCUGCUGCACGUGCAGGACCGGGACUCGGGGGCGAACGGCGAGGUGCGGUGCAGCAUCGGCGAGGGGCUGCCGUUCCGGCUGGAGAAGUCGUUUGAGGGCUACUACCGCGUGGUGACGGCGAGGGAGCUGGACCGGGAGGAGGUGGCGGAGUACAACGUGACGGUGCGGGCGGCGGACGGCGGGUCGCCGUCGCUGUGGAGCGGCGCGGUGCUGGCGCUGCGGGUGCUGGACGUGAACGACAACGCGCCGGUGUUCGCGGAGGCGCGCUACAGCGCCCGGCUGCCCGAGAACAACGCGGCGGGCGCGCUGGUGCUGACGGUGCGGGCGGCGGACGCGGACUGGGGUCAGAACGCGCGCGUGCGGUACCGGCUGUCGGAGGGGCGGGUGCGCGGCGCGCCGCUCUCGUCCUACGUGUCGGUGCAGGCGGAGACGGGCGCGCUGUACGCGCUGCGCUCCUUCGACUACGAGGAGGUGCGCGAGGUGGGGCUGUGGGUGCGGGCGGAGGACGGCGGCGCGCCGGCGCUGAGCAGCAACGUGUCGGUGCGGCUCGUGAUCGUGGACGAGAACGACAACGCGCCGCAGGUGCUGUACCCGCCGGCGGCGCCGGGCGCGGGCUGGGCGGGCGUGGAGCUGGCGCCGCGCUCGGCGGAGCCCGGGGCGCUGGUGGCCAAGGUGGUGGCGGUGGACGCGGACGCGGGGCAGAACGCGUGGCUGUCGUACGAGCUGGCCAAGGCGACGGAGCCGGGGCUGUUCCGCGUGGGGCUGCACAGCGGCGAGGUGCGCACGGCGCGCUUCCCGCUGGCCCGCGACGCGGCGCGGCAGAGCCUGGUGGUGGUGGUGAAGGACCACGGGCGGCCGGCGCUGUCGGCCACGGCCACGCUGACCGUGGUGCUGGCCGAGAGCGUGGCCGAGCUGCUCUCGGAGCUGGGCAGCGCGGCGGCGGCGCCGGGCGAGCCGGCCGGCAGCCUGACGCGCUGGCUGGUGGUGGCCGUGGCGGCCGUGUCCUGCCUCUUCCUCGCCUUCCUGCUGCUGCUGCUGGCGCUGCGCCUGCGGCGCUGGCGCCGCUCGCAGCUGCUGGCGGCGGGCAGCGGCGCCGCGCGCGGCGUCCCGGCCUCGCACUUCGUGGGCAUCGACGGCGUCCGCGCCUUCCUGCACUCCUACUCGCACGAGGUGUCGCUCACCGCCGACUCGCGCAAGAGCCAGCUCCGCUUGUCGGCCGGCAGCUGCUGCGACACCCUCCCGGCCCGGCCGCCGCCCGACGAGCCCGCGCCGCUGCUCGGCGACGACCCCGCCGCGCCCCCGGUGAGUGCCUCUGGCCGGACAGGUUUCGCUACGCAUCUCUCUGCUGCUUCUCUGCCCUUUCUCUCCCGUCUUCUUAUACUGCGUGGGGAGGUUUGGUUAGGAGUGAGGCAAGGUUUCAUUUAGCAUCGCGCUGCGUGGUCGUUCCUCUUGCUCCCGGGAGGUGGACGUGGGAGUAUUUUUCAUCCUCACCGUGGUGUGGGAGGCUGCUUUGGCUAUAUUGUUCUUAGUCUGGGCCAGGUUGUUUCUCAGUCUGUCCCCCGACAUGUAGAAUAACAGUUUUCCUUUUAGUAGCAGCUCUUCUGAACAGAGAUAUUGCAUUAAUAUGAAACAGUACUUAGCGUUAUUAGCAGGGUCACGUAUCUUACUGACAGCACAUGCGUUUUUGUAGCUUUAGGUUGUCUGU